CAAAAGCUUGCAGUGGCGCACUACAUCUCUGCUCACUCGCUUCUUAAAUCUAGGAAAAUUCCAGUUCCUGGUCAGAAUCAAAAUGCCCUUUCUUAGAGGUUUUAGAUUUAAUCUCUUUUUGGUGUAUCUCUUUGCUACUUGGGUUCAACUCCAAACCAAGGUGGAAAGUGACCAAUACAAAGUUGGAGAUCUAGAUUCCUGGGGGAUCCCCACUUCAUCAAAUUCACGAGUCUAUGACAAAUGGUCCAAAUAUCACAACCUCAAGAUCGGUGAUUCCCUCUUGUUUCUGUACCCACCAAGCCAAGAUUCAUUGAUUCAAGUGACAGAGGAGUCCUACAACAGCUGCAACCUUAAAGAUCCAAUCUUGUACAUGAACAAUGGGAACUCGUUGUUCAACAUUACAUCAGUAGGGGAGUUUUACUUCACCAGUGCAGAGUUUGGUCAUUGCCAAAAGCAUCAAAAGCUUCACAUAACUGUGGGAGUUGGAGGAAACACCGACACACUUUCUCCGUCUUCACUGCCUCAAUCCGCAACUUCUUACCCAACUGCUUUUGGCGACAUUCCCAUGUCUCCUUCUAGUACCUCUUCACCUCACCCAAAUUUAAAUUUUUCACUCAUAGUUAUUGGGUUCUUCCUAUGUGCUCUCUUCCCGAGCCUAUUAAGAUAAUUGCAAACAUACUGAUUUUGUGUUCUUUUUAUAUUUCCUAAUGCAUGCAACCCUUGAUAUGUAUAUUUUUUUUUUCAGUUUUAAUUUAUUACUCUUUGCCAUUGUAAGAGUGGAUCAAAUGGUUCCUUAAAAUUAAUAAAUUCUUAUACAAUUUAUUAGA